AAGCUUACAACAUAUUUGGCUGAGUUGUCAAAAGGACCAUUUUCUACCCAAAAAUAGGGUUUUUGGAGAAACAACUUUACAGAACAAGCUUGAUUUCCAAACAAGUUUAGAACAUUUUGGUUCAGUUUCCAAAAAUUGUUUUCAGAAACAGUUAUCAAAACUAAUACAAAAGUAAUAGCUUCCAUCCUUCACUCACAUCCAGAUUUCAAUCUGUCCUUUCAAUUACAAAUCUUGGGUUCUCCCUCAUUCAUCCCCAAUCAACCAAGAUUCAACAUUUUCCCGAGAAAACCCCAGAAAGUUUGCAACUUUACCAAGAAAAUCCCAGAAAGAUUCAAAUUAGCCAUACAUCUGAUCCAACGGUCCAAAACCAGAAUCCAUAAGAGAAAACUCACUUGAGUUUCACUCUCUGUAGACUGUUGAGAGUUGAAGCUCGUACGCUCAUUCCCCAGAAAAACUUCUACAGCAGCAAAGCCACUGCAAACAGAUCCAAUCCCAAAACUUUCCCGGAAAAUCACGCAUUUUCCGAGAAAGUCACAAUUCUCCCGGCAAAAUAAAACCCAAACUUUUUCCCACCAAUUUUCAGAUUUCGAAUGGCUAAUGCUUGGAAAAGAGACAAACCCAUGAGACCCCUUUUAUUCCUCUUCUCUGCAACUAUCGUCCUCAUCUUCGUCUUCUUCUUCCUCGCCGCCCGCCCUUCAGCCACCCUCUCCACUCCCACCGCCAUCGACCCCACCAUCCGAACCAAUCUUCCGAUCUACGGAAUCUCCUCAUUCAAUUGCGAGGAGUGCCCGCAGUCGCACCCCGUCAUCGCCAACGUCGUCGAAGGCCUCCGCUACCCCUUCAUCUACUCACUCGCCGAUUUGGGCAGCUUGCCGGGGAAGCCCCACAAGAACAUCGUCAGAUUCCUCAAGAGGAAGCCGUUCCGGAAGCCCGAUAUCUCGGCGACGAUUCAGGGGGUUCUGGAGAAAUUCAAAGGAGAAGGGAGGGACAACGGGCUGGUGGUGGACGUCGGUGCCAAUGUCGGCAUCGCCAGCUUCGCCGCCGCCGUCAUGGGUUUUCAGGUGCUUGCUUUCGAGCCGGUUUUCGAGAAUUUGCAGCGGAUUUGUGAUGGGAUUUACUUGAAUCGUGUGGGGGAUUUGGUGACGGUGUUCGAGGCCGCCGCCUCCGAUAGCCCUGGCAAUAUCACCUUCCACAAGUUGGUUGGUCGGAUGGACAACAGUGCUAUUUCAGCCACCGGCGCAAGGCUGGCCUUCAAGAAUAACAAAGAAGUGGCAGUUCAAGUAAGGACCAUCCCUCUUGAUGACGUGAUCCAGGAAUCAGAGCCUGUUCUUCUGCUCAAAAUUGAUGUGCAAGGUUGGGAAUAUCAUGUGCUGAAAGGAGCUUCCAAGUUACUGUCCAGAAAGGCAGGAGAAGCACCCUAUAUCAUCUAUGAGGAAGAUGAACGGCUGCUACGAGCCAGUGAUAGCAGUGCAAGAGAGAUACAAGAAUUCCUGAAGAGUGUGGGUUACAAUCACUGCACCCAGCAUGGUACAGAUGCACACUGCACCAAAUUGGGUUAACAUGUUUUUCGUACCUUAGACUUUGCCACAAGAAACAGAACGAAGCUACCAUACCAUGGUUGGUUUGCAUAUAAUUUUCUGAAGACGGGCUAGUCAUACAUGAUUCUGUCAGAUAAAUUACAUAAUGAUCUAACAGAUAUCAAUAUAACACGGUGAGAACAUGCAGUCUGUAACGUGCUUGGCUAAUGCACAAGUUGAGGGCAAGCUAUUUUGGGAAACAUUCCGUGAAUACAUUGAAAUGCAUUGAAAGGAGAUUGGUUCAGAAGAAGCUGCUCGUUGAGAUCAACCGGAUUUUUGUGUUGGUCGGCAUGCUGCAGUGUGCCUUUGAAGGCUUUUAAUUGUAAAAUGACUUUUUUUGUUAUCUGAUCUUUACUAAUAGAUCAGCAUUCAUCCCCUAAUUAGUUAAGUAAUAAAUCAUCUUGUUAGUAGCAGUUGAGCAGAAAAUGUGGCAUGUACAGUAUAUUUCAUUUAUGUAUAAUCCUAACCUCUAAGUAUUCU